AUGCAGCCUCGCGGGGACGGCGGCUUUGUGCCCCUCGCAGCUGUGUACGAUGAGUGGGCUGCGAUUGCUGUAUGCGCGGCGGCGGCCAUCUGGGCCGUGCCGCACCUGCAGCUGUGGCUGCUGCCGUCCCUGCCUGUUGGUGCGGCGCUGCUGCUGCUCGUGGGCGGUGCUGUUGGGGCCUGCUGCCUGGCAGGCCUGCUGCCGGCGCAGCCGCAGCGCGACCAGGAGCGUGCGAGCGACGCGCCGCCGGCGCGCGCCCCGGACGGCGUCGCCAGCUUCGGCCCCCUCCUGCGCGCGCGCGAGCGCUACGGCGGCCGCAUCUGGACAGUCGCCGCCGCCGACUGGCGGCGGGCGUCCGAGGCGGAGGCGCCGCAGGAGUUCCCGCCCAGAAGUUUUGGGGAGGGGGCGGUGGCUAUGCAGUGGAGCGGUCGGCUGAGGGGCGCCAGCCUGAGGCUCUUGAGGGACGGGCCGGGGGCACCAGGGCAGCCCGAAAAGGCGCGAGUCUCGCUGGCGGGCUGCGGCGUGCGCGUCGCGUCGGAGUGCCUGCGCGGCAGCAAAGGCACCUGGUGGAAGAAGGGGCCCCUCGAGAUCCGCCACCCAGACGGGCGCCCGCUGCUGGCUGGCUGCAGCACUCUGUUCCUCUUCGCGCCGGACGGCGCCGCCAAGGAGCAGUGGCACUCGGCGCUGCUCUGGGCCUGCGGCGACCCCGGGGACGUGCGCCGCGCCGGGGCGCUUUACAGCGCUUUCUGCCGCGACGCGCGCGCCCGGCUCGCGGCGGCGGCCGCGCCGGAGGGCGGGAGCGACCUCGGGUGGAGGACCGCUGACAGCAGCGCCGCCGCCGCUGCGGCCGCGGCGCCCUCUCGGCAGGCCGCGGCGCCGCGGCCGCUGUCACAGGCUGCGUCCGAAGCGUCCCUGGGCGCCGGCUGCGUGGCGGCGGCGGUGGCGGCGAGCAAGCAGCUGGUGUGGCAGGAGGCGGCGCAUCUUGCGGCUGGUGGCGACAGACAGGUGGGCGAGGGCCUGGGCGGGCAGGGCUUCAAUGCUCCCUAG